UUCUCUUUGGUUCCUCUCUUCUUCCAUUCUUUUCUCCGGUGCAUCUCCCACCGUUGGCGUCGGCGCCAUGGGCUACAUCGGCAACAAGGGUCGGUGUCGGUGAGCAUGUCCAUCUACCAGACCAUGUUCUGCUUCGUGUGCACCCACCUCGCCACCGGCGAGAAGGCUGGCGUCCUCCACAACCGGAACGCCGACGUGCAGGAGAUCCACCGGCGUACGCAUUUCACUGGACCCGACGAUGACAUCGCCAUGCCAAGAGACAUCUACGACCAUGAGAUAAAUUUCUGGCUCGGUGAUCUGAACUACCGCAUCGACAUCGCAUAUGAGAGAGCACACGAGCUUAUCGCGAUGAUGGAUUGGCAUCAGCUGGCAGAGAAAAAUCAGGUGAUGCCAGCGCCACCGCCCGCCAUCCCCGCCCUUAGCCCGCCGGCGAGCCGUCAAGCUGCCACCGCCGCCACCCGCUAUCCGCGCCCCAACGCCCGGUGCCACCAGCACCACGGGAGAGAAGCAGAGAAGAGAGGAAUAAGAGAGAGGAGAGGAAGCGAGAGAGAAAGAAAAGAAGGGAAGAGAAAAAAAGAAAAAAAAACUAAUAUGUGGAACCCAUCGGCACCACGUCAACAAAAAUCAGUCAAAAAGCCCGCUUUAGCCCAAAAUUCGAUUGGAUAAUAUAGUGCACGAUCGAGGUGACGGCCCAGGCCCAGAGAUCCUUUUUGAAUCCACAGCUCGAGGCGCCAGAGAGGAGGAAUAAGUCGCCGACAGGUGGGGCCCACUCGCGCUGUCACAGCGUUUUUCGCGGCCGGCGUCGCGUGCGGAUCACGCACACGCACCGCACGCACGCGCACCGCCGGCGCCGGCGCCGGCCGCCGCCCACGGUUCCUGUCGGAGUGGCGGCUCUGCAGUGGUCCGGGACUCUUGUCCAAACAAGCAAAGUUAGGGUCGAGGUAAAAGUGCGAAUGCAAUUUUUUUUGAUAGUAUCUUUUUUUUUUCUUUAAAACCCAGCAAAACUGCAGACGUUCGUACAUGUGUGUAUACAUUCACUUUUGUAAACACACGCGCCAUAGUCAAAUUACUCAAAU